CAGGACAGGGGCGGCGCUCCAUUGGUGGAAUGGACCACAACGUGGCCUUUUAACAACUCUUCGGGACGAGGCCUCCGUGUUAGCGCGAGAAAAAACACGUGACUUGCUCCGCUCGAGGCGGGUGGUUUGGAGAAAAGCGUGGUCUGUACAGGGGCUCCCAUUGGCUGAUGCGUGCACAGAAGGGGCGAGCUGGGCGGUACCAUUUGUAUGUGGAUGUGGAGGGGUGAUCUGAGAGGGGUUGCUGGCGGUGGCAGCGGAAGCACCGGCAGGCCGGUGGCCCCGUGAGUGGGUAUGGCGCGUGGUUGUUCCUUGGCUGGGGGUUUCAAAAGAUGCAGUAGCAAAAAUGGAUUGGUUGCAGUGAAGAUUAUGAAUGGAAUCCAUCAAGUACCAUACCCCUUUUCAGUUUGCUUUGUGAGAGACUGCCUGUAGCCUUCAGAAGAGCAAGCCAGCAAAGAAGGAAUAUCUAUCAUCAUGAAGUUGAAACAGCGGGUGGUGCUUCUUGCAAUCCUUCUUGUCAUCUUUAUUUUCACGAAGGUUUUCCUCAUAGACAACUUGGAUACAUCAGCAGCUAACCGUGAAGACCAACGUGCUUUCCACCAAAUGAUGGCAAGCCUGCGUGUGGAACUGGAUCCACGACUGGACCACACAUUGCAGUCUCCCUGGGAAAUUGCAGCUCAGUGGGUGGUGCCUCGUGAAGUGUAUCCAGAAGACACACCAGAACUGGGAGCAGUGAUGCAUGCCAUGGCUACAAAAAAGAUAAUCAAAGCAGAUGUGGGCUACAAGGGCACCCAGUUGAAGGCACUGCUCAUAUUGGAAGGUGGACAGAAGGUAGUCUUCAAACCUAAGAGAUAUGCAAGAAACUACGUGGUAGAAGGGGAACCAUAUGCUGGUUAUGACAGGCACAAUGCAGAGGUGGCAGCAUUCCAUCUGGACAGAAUCUUAGGUUUCCGAAGAGCGCCCCUGGUUGUUGGCAGGUUUGUUAACCUCCGCACAGAGAUCAAACCUGUUGCUACAGAACAGCUGCUUAGUACCUUUCUGACAAUAGGGAAUAAUACCUGUUUCUAUGGGAAGUGCUAUUAUUGCCGGGAAACAGAGCCAGCUUGUGCUGAAGGAGAUGCAAUGGAAGGAUCAGUUACACUGUGGCUACCAGAUGUUUGGCCUCUUCAAAAGCAUCGGCAUCCAUGGGGCAGGACGUACAGGGAAGGAAAACUUGCCAGGUGGGAAUAUGAUGAAAGUUACUGUGAUGCUGUAAAAAAGACUUCACCCUAUGACUCAGGUCCGCGGCUCCUUGAUAUCAUAGAUACAGCUAUCUUUGAUUAUUUGAUUGGGAAUGCUGACCGGCAUCAUUAUGAAAGUUUUCAGGAUGAUGAAGGGGCCAGCAUGCUUAUUCUGCUUGACAAUGCCAAAAGCUUUGGGAAUCCUUCCCUGGAUGAGAGAAGCAUCCUUGCACCUCUUUAUCAGUGCUGCAUCAUCAGAGUCUCUACUUGGAACAGGCUGAACUACCUGAAGAAUGGAGUGCUGAGGUCUGCCUUAAAAACUGCCAUGUCACAUGACCCUAUUUCACCCGUGCUGUCUGUUGCUCAUCUGGAUGCCCUGGACCAGCGACUUCUGAACAUCUUGGCUACAGUAAAGCAAUGUACAGACCAGUUUGGACCAGAUAUUGUGCUGGUGGAAGAUCGGAUGACACUUUCCCAUUUGUAGCUUUAAAAGAAGUUGGUUGGACUUGUUUUUAAAAAAGCAAACAAUAGAAAAACAGCACAAUUGGUUCUGCAUGGCUGUAGGCAGGAGAGACUGGAACUGAAAUGCCAGAUUUCCUGCAUCAGAGGAGAAUGCAACAGUGGUUUGAACGUUCUGCUACAAACAAGGAACUUGCCCUCAGGUAGCCCUGUAUCAUUUACUGGAUGUCCAUUGCUGGCAGUGGAUGUUGCACUGGGAGCUCUCUUGGGAUGACUCGAAAAGAAAUCUGAAUAUAGACUGGUUCUAGAGAAGAGACAUAGUCCCUUCACCUAUUCCAAAUAAAUUCUGAAGAUUUUAAUGUAGUUCAGUGCUGUAAAGGAGAGUGCUGUAAAGGAGAGGAUGUCUAGGCCUCCAGGCUGGGAAAAGAGAGCACCAGGGCAGAAAUAGCUGUUGGAGAGAUGUUAUAGUGUCUCUCCAGACACAUGAACACCCUAGGCAGCAUUGUCUGGAAUUUGUCUCAAGAGCGCUUAGUCUUUCAGUUCUAAGAUCCUGAAGAGAUAGACUACUUUAGGUCCUGGAAGGAUACAAGGUUGGAAGAAUUCAGGUUUGAAUGAUGCUGCAGAGACCCAGGCAGUCAUGAAGAUUAGAGAUGAUUGGUGCAAAUCAUUACUAUGUUCACACACAGAAGGGUUAUUGCUGCUUUGAAUUAAAUAAAAUUCCAGUAAUGCCUAACAAUCCUUCUUUUAAAAAUAGAUGCAAAUAUAAUUAAGGCACACCAUUCUUUUAAAGAGCAGCCAGUAUGAGCUACUCAUUAUGUCCUCUCAGUGUUGAUAGUCUUUUAAGAGACAGUGGAAGCUUGUGGCUGAACUUUGCAAAAAAAUUAAAAAAAAAUAAAAGAUAUAUACUAUCAGAGUCUGGGGAAUGGAAAAUUUUCUGACUGGUGUGUCACUUUUCCUGUAAGGCAGUCACAGGUUAAUGCCCUGGUUAAGGGAGCAUUCAUUGUAUUCUGUCAUUUUUCAAGGCUGAGCUGAACGUAAUGUUAAAAGCAUCUUCAGUAGACCUUUUCAUCCAGCAUAUCAUUUCUCCUUUCAUACCCAAGGUGUGAGCCACUGGCUUUGUGACUAUAAGCUUGGAAUUGCAUCCUCUGUUUGUAGCUUAAGGACAUUAUAUCAGUGAUAUACCUGAAACAGCUCCUUCUCUCACUUUGGGGAGAAAUCUGUGGAACCUUAUGCAUCUAUUUCUAAUAUGUAAUGCUCAGGCUAUUACAUAGUAGUAGUCUCUGUUAUUCACCAAAUGUCACUCAAAAGGAUUAGCACCCCUUUCAUAACAGCUUAAUGUUUCUGAAAUUGGUACGUAUUUUUUAUUUAACAAUAAUAUAAAGGUUUACCCAUCAAUUUUUUUAACAGGUUUGGGCAAAGACCCUCUAUCCUUAAUUUAAAAAAAAACAGAAAUGACAAGUCAGGACCUUGGAACAACAGGCAUAAGAGAUGAGGAUGUAAAGAUGAUUUCCCUCCCCACCCCUUUCUUAAUUUUCUGCAGUAAUUUUCCCUGCCCCUGAAGCAUUUUAAAGUUUGUGUUUGUGGUCAUUACCAGUGAUAGUCUUAUGUUUCCUAAACAGUAGUAAAGCAAACUUCUAUCUACCGUGGACAAAGAGAACAUUCAUGAGUAGGUUUGUUUCUGUCAAACUGGCUCAAGUAAGCAUCUCAUCUUGCCAUAAGAAAUAUCAAUUAACAGUUGCCACCAUGAGGGUAACUAAAAUGAAGGAAAGAUCAGGGCAGAUGUCCCAGUAAAAUUGAAUAGAAAUCUAUUUUCACUAUCAAUCUUACACCUAGCACUAGAUCAGAUGCUGUUAAUGCUGGGAAGCAUAUUACAAGUUGGUUAAGAUUCUUUUGAUGACUUUUUAGUUCCCUUAUUCAUUUCCAGUCAAUGCAGCUAUAUGCCAGUAUGAAACAACUUGAUUCAAGAUGAAUACAAUAUGCUUAUUUCUGUGCUACCACUAAGGGACACAGAAGUAGCUUUGAAACACUGAAGUAUUUGAGAGGGGCACCCACAUCUAAAUAAACAAAUACAUGUCUUUAUAAGCGAAUACUUUGGAGGAAACCAGGUUAGCUCCCAUUUGGGUAUCUAAUGAACUGGAAAGAAAAGAGAAACUAAUUUAUUAAGAAGGUAACUUAUUUGUGUGGCAGCUGAAGCAGAAUGCUUGAGAAUUACACCUUGUUGCUGCAAGAGGGCUGCUCUUGGGAAUAGCUGCAAAUGUCAGGAGAGGAGAAAACAAUGUAAUCUCAACUGUGUUACGUGUUUUCCCAAGGUCAGACUCUGCAUAAAGAAGUAUUAUGUGAAUAAAGAUUUUAAUAAAACA